CAACGUCGGCUCAUUACCUGUUGUUGUGUAGUCACCAGUGUGAUAAAAUACCAGUUUAAUAUUUUAUUCGCAGGUUUUAAAAUAAGAUUAAUAAAUUGAAUCGUUGUAAAAAACUUAAACUAUAUAUUUAAAUACUAAUAGUGUGAACAUAAAAAAGUAAUAUACGAUCGGAUUCUUGGAACAUAUAAGUAUUUACACAACAACUGAACGUGUUAUAAUGGUGAAGGCAAGAAAAUACGUCGUAAAAAGGCAUUUUCAAGGAGUUCCCAAAAAGGAUGACUUUGAUGUUGUCGAAUAUGAAUUGCCGCAGCUAAAACCCGGUCAUUUCUCCGUUAAAGCCGAAUGGAUCAGUGUCGACCCUUAUUUGAGAGCCUACAACUCUAGUACACCCGCUCCCUACGACCAGUUCGGCUUUCAAGUAGGUACAAUUACAGAGUCAAAGAACCCAGACUUUCCAGUUGGCUGCAGAGUGGUUACUCAUAAGGGAUGGUGUGACUACAGCGUGGUUACCAAUUUAAAAGAAACCCAUAGUAAUGUAUAUAUAUUACCAGAUCUUCAGGGUCUACCAAUUGAGUUGGGCUUGGGAGCUUUAGGCAUGCCUGGAGUCACCGCCUACUUUGGUUUUCUUGAAAUCUGUAAACCGAAAGCUGGCGAGACCGUGGUUGUUUCGGGAGCAGCGGGCGCAGUCGGAUCAAUUGUAGGACAGAUUGCAAAGAUCAAAGGAUGCAGAGUUAUUGGUUUCGCUGGCUCCGAUGACAAAGUGCAAUGGCUUGAGAAGGAACUAGGAUUCGACAAAGCUAUAAACUACAAGACUGCGGAUGUAAGUAAAGCAUUAAAAGACGCAGCUCCAAAAGGAGUAGAUUGUUAUUUUGACAACGUAGGCGGGGAGUUGACAGCUGCUAUUUAUAGCCAAAUGAAUUUAUAUGGAAGAGUUUCUCUCUGCGGUUGCAUUAGUUCGUACAAUGAAGACCCAACCACGUAUAAGACAACAUCACUGCUGCCGCUCAUCUUAUUCAAGCAGCUAAAAGUGGAGGGUUUUAUAGUAUCCAGGUGGACAGCACCAGAAAACAGGUGGCCAGAGGCGAUUACUGCUCUGGCACAGUGGAUAAAACAAGGCAAAAUAAAGACAAGAAGCCAUAUCACCGAAGGGUUUGAUAAGCUAUAUGAUGCCUUUGUCGGCAUGCUCGCUGGAGAAAACACGGGAAAGGCUGUUGUAAAAGUUUAAAAAUGUUUUAAUAACUUAACUAAUUAAUAAAUAAUUAGUAUAUAUUAUUGUAAUUUUAUAUAAUAUUAUAUAAUUUUAUAAAUUAUUGUAAUUUUUGUUGUAUUUUCCUUGUUAUCGAUAUGACUUGCUGUUCUUACCUAACAACAUAAUUACAAUUAUCAAGAAAACAAUAAUGUAAUGUUAUCACAAAAAAUAAAAUAAA